AUCUGCAAUUUUAGUAAUAUAUAUCCUGGUAAUAAUCAGAAGUUCCACUAAGGCCCUGAAAAGUGCAUGAAAUCAACCUCAUUGAGUCAUUGCUGACACUUCAGUUCACAAUUAUUUCGCAAAUUCUCUGAUUAAAGUGCACACUCGUUUGUCCUAAUUUUUCUGCUACAUUAAUUGUUUUCUUUCAAGGUUGUUCGGAAAACUUGAAAAAUCGGAGAUUUAUUGGAUUGAAUCGAUGAUUUCUAGCAAAAAAUUGGCCAGUGCAGUAGGUGGCAAAACGGCUAGAGCUUGCGAUGGUUGCAUAAAGAAGCGGGCUCGGUGGUAUUGUGCCGCCGAUGAUGCUUUUUUAUGCCAAGCUUGUGAUUCGUCUGUUCACUCGGCGAAUCUUUUAGCGGGGAGACACGAAAGAGUACGCCUAAAGACGGCUUCCACGGAACGUGGUUCCGUGGAGCCGUCCUGGCAUAAUGGAUUUACAAGAAAACCUCGAACGCCUCGAAAAUCAAAAUUGCAAGGCGUGCAGAAAAACCCGAUACAUCUCGUGCCAGAGAUGGGUCAGGAUGAGAAUUCGUUUGAGGAGAAUGAUGAGCAGGAACAGCUUCUUUAUCAAGUCCCGAAUUUGGACCUGUUGUCUGAUCAGCUGUGCCUUGCGAAACAAGGCAAAAAAAGUGAUGGAACGAUAAAUUAUGAUAAGUAUAGUUUGCGCGGGUUGAGUGAAUCGAACAAUGAUAUCGAGGAAUUCGCAGCUGAUGUUGAAAGCUUACUAGGCAAAGGUUUAGACGAGGAGUCAUUCGAUAUGGAAAAAUUAGGGUUUUUAAAUUGCAGAGAGAAGGACUUGGUGGAAAGUUGUGACAGAAGUAUCGAAACAGUGAAGCUCGAAGAAAAUAAAGACACGGCAGUGACAAUGGGGAUAAAUAUUGGUGAGAUUGAUAUUACGGAAAAAUUUGAGCUGAAUUUCGAUGACUACGAGUCCACGGAGAAUUGUGCAGAAGAUAAUGAAGCAGGAGCUAACGGUGGAACAUGUGUGGAGAACGAAGAAUUUGUCGUCAGAAAUGGAGAUGAAUUGAUAGGAAAGAAGAGGAAUCGUUUGUUGGCGCUUGAUUACGAAGGGGUCAUUUCUGCUUGGGCUGAUCAAAAGAGACCGUGGGUGAUCGGUGAAGGGCGGCCGGAACUGGACCUUAAUGAUUUCUGGCCAGCUGAUUUCAUGGAGGUAUGUGGAGGAGUUGAUAAUCAGGCGUACGGAGAGAUGGGGGGAAGCAGUAAUUUAAUGGCGGACGGAGGGAGAGAAGCAAGAGUAUUAAGGUACAGAGAGAAGAGAAGAAGAAGACUGUUUUGCAAGAAAAUAAGGUAUGAAGUGAGGAAACUAAAUGCAGAGAAGAGGCCUAGAAUCAAAGGAAGGUUUGUUAAGAGGCCAAUUGAUAAUGCAGCUUAGUUGCUAGUUAAUUUCUCUCAUGCUUGCAGCCAAAUUGUAGUGGGGUAAAUCUACUCAUUUACUGGAAGCUAUAGGAAGAUAUAUACCACUUUUUCAUAUAUAAUGUACAUAUCUAUAUGCAUUUCUCGCUGUAAAUUGCUUCAAACUCUUGUCCUACGUAUAAUUAUCUUUUAAAAUCAAUGCUACUACAAAACAUUCAGCUUUU